GCGCCACAUAUGUGACAUGUGUGAUGUAAUAGGAACAUAUAACCUCACUUCCAGAAAAGUUUGAGGAAUUGUUGAUAAUAUUCUGAGAUUCUUUUAAACGUUAACAGAAUCAUGUCGCGAGUACCAGGUCCCCCAAAUACUACAGCCUUGGAAGGCGGAGGAGAGAGACCCAUGAACAUAGUUCGUCGUGUAGGUCGCGAAAGGGAACGGAUGCUGGGGAUGACAGAUGAGGAACGUGCCUGGAGAAAGAAAUGGCUGGAUGCACAAAAGCUCGCUCCAGAAGAACCGGUGACACCACCUGGUUACUACAAGGAGAUGUUCAAUCCCAUCAGGAGAUUUUACAAAGCGCCUAUGAAUAAAGUUCAAAAUAUGAUGGAACCAUUUUUGGGCUACACAGGUGCAUAUGUUGCACGACAUGUUAUAUCCAAAACCGCGAUAGGUAUUUUUACAGUCUAUUGCAUCUUUUAUCAUCUAAAGUAUAAUAAAAUGCAAUGGACAAGACAAGGUGGAUGGAAAAUAGCUCUAUCAAGACCCAAAAUGUAUCCUGAUACCAAAGAUCUGGAUGCUAUAUAUCGAACAAAGGGUAACCAAUUUUAUGUGAAUGGUUUCGAUAAAUCUCCUAUAUAAUUGUAGAAAUACAUGUCUUUCAUAUAUAGUUAUUUAAUUAAUAAAUGUUAUUAGAGAACAUGAUAUUAUUA